AUGGAAGACUCUAUUUUUCUUUGUCAAGAAAAAUAUGCAAAGACUAUUGUGAAGAAGUUUGGAUUGGAGAAUUCCACUCACAAACAAACUCAUGCUCCUACACACUUGAAGCUAACCAAGGAUGAAAAGGGGGUUGGUGUUGAUCAAAGUCUGUAUAGAAACAUGAUUGGUAGCCUUCUCUACCUUAUUGCAAGCAGACCAUACAUUGCUUUUGUUGUUGGAGUAUGUGCCAGGUAUCAAGCAGAACUUGAAGUGAUUCAUCUCAAUCAAGUCAAAAGGAUUCUGAAGUAUGUGAAUGGUACGUCCAAUUAUGGAAUAUUGUACUCACAUAAAUCGAACACUGAGUUAUUGGGUUAUUGUGAUGCUGAUUGGGUUGGAUGUGCUGAUGAAAGAAUGAGUACCUCUGGUGGAUGUUUCUUUCUGGGAAAUAAUUUGAUUUCAUGGUUCAGCAAGAAACAGAAUUAUGUAUCGCUUUCUACAGCUGAAGCUAAGUAUAUAGCAGCAGGUAGCAGGUGCUCUCAACUUGUGUAG